AUGUUUUCUGCGCAGAGCCGCGCUGGAGUCAGGCAUCUCCAUCGCCAAAUUCAGGGGCUGCGGAAGGGCGAUGCGACCGCAAGCGAGUAUAUGCACAAGGUGCAGGCUCUGGCUGACGCCAUGGCCAUCGCUGGGUCUCCUCUUCGUGACGAUGAAAUCAUCGAUUACAUGCUUACCGGCCUCGGCUCCGCUUUCAAUCCGAUCGCGGCGCCCCUGAACAUGAUCACCAGGGUGGUGACCGCCGCCGAGUUCUAUUCCAUGUUCCUGAACUACGAGGGCCUGCAGCUGUCGCAGCUGGCUGAGACCGAGGAGUGGGCCUCGUCUGCCAAUGCUGCUGCUCGUGGUGGUGCUCCCUGGCAGCCCCGCGCGCCCUUGCUUGCCUUUUCUGGCGGAGGCCCUCAGCCUGGUUACGGCGGGGGCAACAGCGGCCGUCAGACUUACGGCGGUAACGGAGGAGGCGGCUAUGGAUCGCCGGCGGGCGGCCACGCCCAGAUCUACGGACCGCCAGCGGGCGGCAACGGCAACGGUCGCCCAACUGGCGGCAAUUACGGUGGUAACGGCGGCGGUGGCAACCGCGGCUAG